AUGCCUCUGACAGGCUGGCGACAGGCUCGAAUCCUGGCCAGGCCCGGUUCAUUCCCGCGACAGCGACAGCGACAGGAAGCGGAAACCACCCGCCAGCACACAAGCAGCUUGAGGGGCAGUCUCGAACUCGAAUCUAAUGAGAAAAUCUUCUUCCUUCCAGGCCAAGCGGGCAUCAAUCAGUUGGGCGGAGUCUUCGUCAAUGGACGCCCGCUGCCGGACUGCACACGCCUCCGGAUCGUGGAACUGGCCCUGUGCGGAGUCCGUCCCUGUGAUAUCUCCCGCCAGCUGCUGGUCUCCCAUGGUUGCGUCUCCAAGAUACUGACACGAUACCAUGAGACGGGCUCCAUCCGGCCGGGAUCCAUUGGUGGCAGCAAGACCAAGCAAGUGGCCACGCCCACUGUGGUGAAGAAAAUCACUCGCUUGAAGGAGGAGAACAGCGGCAUGUUCGCGUGGGAGAUCCGGGAGCAGCUGCAGGCGCAGCGCGUCUGCGACCCCAGCUCCGUGCCGUCCAUCAGCUCCAUCAAUCGCAUCCUGCGACACAGUGGCCUCUGGACGGACGAGAUGACAUCCAGCCAGCAGAAUGCAGCGGCCGCCGCUGCAGCACAUCAAGCGGGUGCCGGGGGUCCGGGUGGCCCGGGAGCGGGCUAUGCCACGCCCUCGCAGCUGUACGGGCUGCCCAGCAACAACAACAACAGCAGCCACUCGCCCAAGACGCAGGCAGCAGCAGGCACCAAUGGCCCGCCCACGGCCACAGCCACGCCCACCGGCGGACGCUACGCAAAGCCUCCAGCAAUGAUGAUGACCCCUACAGGAGGGGAGAUGCCGCUCAAGCCCGCUCCCAAGAUGCCCCCCAGUCAUGGGCAUGGACAACAUUCCCACGCACAUGGGCAUGGACAUGGCCAUGGCCAUGGAAAUGGACAUGGACACGGACACGGUCUGAGUGCGAGCGUGUCUGGUGGUGGCGGUGGCGGUGGCGGAGGGAUGUCAGUGCCCAGCCAACUGGGGGGCCUGGAUCUCAGCUACUCGGCCCUGCACAAGCACUGGCUGUGGAACCCCUCGCUGCUGUACUACACGCAGGCCCACAUGCAGGCCGCCGCCACGGGGGCCCAGUUCCUGCCCUACGGCGGUGGCUACCUGCCCCACGGCAUGGCUGCGGCUGCAGCGGCGGCGGUGGCCGUCGGAGCUUCCAAUGGCGGGAGAUUCAUCAAGUCGGAGUGCACCAAUGGCGGAGGAUUCACCAAGUCGGAGAGCUCCAUCGAUCUGUCAACGCCCGGUGCGACUGGCGACGCCCUCAGCGACUGUGAUUCCGGCAAGUCCUCGCCCGCCGCCCUCUCCCUGAACGCUGCGCGGGGACAGCUGCUGAGUCACAGCCACAGUCACAGUCACAGUCGAAAGCGGAACCCCUACUCCAUCGAGGAGUUGCUGAAGAAGCCGGAGAAGCGGCUGCGUCUCAGCAGCGAGUCGCAGGCGAGUCUGAUGGAGGGGAAGCGACGGAGCGAGCACCUGGAGUGCCUCUCCUCCAGCUCGUGCGAGAGCAGCCAGGAUGGCUCCAACGAGGAUGUGCCCCUGCCCGUGGACACGGUCGAGGAGGUGGUGCCCGUCGACGAGGAAGACGAACAGCAGCAGCAGCAGCUGCAACAGGAGGAGGAGGAGGAGGACUGCAGCGUGGAGGUUGUCAACUAAGGUGGAGCAGCGCCUCCGAAUGUCCCAGUUUUAGCCGUGUAUAUAGAUAGUAGCAGUAGAAGCAUUCCCCCUCCCAAGUGUCCCCCCUCCCCCAGUAUCU